UGGAUCAUUCCACGUUUUGCUCACCAUGUCCCCCUUCCCUCAGCCCUUGAACGCCUCCACGCAUUGAAACGAGUCGGGUCUCAAGUCGCCAUCAACGCCCGCGAGGCUGUUCGCUUCCUCGACCGUGUUACUUCUGGAAAGGACAAUACCCCUGCCGAUCGCGUGGCUCUUCAGGGCCCGAUGGAGCAAUACGAGAGCUGGGAGGAUGCGGAGAAGUUCUUUCUACCGGAAUUUGAGGAAGAGCCGGAAGCGAUGAAGGGAACUGGUGUAGAGGAGAUGCCACUGGGAAAGAGGGGAUCUAAAGGAAAGGGUAGCAAGAAAAACGGAGCUCCCGACGAUCUGUCGCAAAUGCUUCUCAACAAGCUGAACUUUAAGGACUCGGAUGUCGCAUCGGUUAACUCUGCAGGGACUCACAGUGCCCCUGCAUCGCCAUCUUCUUCGAGGAGUUCCCGCACGAGCCCCGAAUGUGCCAACUCUCAUGUGGUCGAGAAUGGAAAUGGAACGAAAAAUACCAAAGCAAAGCAACCGAACGGGCAUAAACGAUCUGCUUCCGGCUCCACCAUCCCCACGGUUCCCUUGGUGCUCCGACCGCUACUCAGCGCAUUGCUGUGGCGUUUGCACCACGGCCCAGAUGCGUCCAAUACGGCGAAAAGCUGUAUCCUCAUCACAAACGACCGUCCUACGCAGAUUUGGGCCCAGAAAUUUGGUAUUGGCGUGAAAAACAUCCACCAACUACGAACCUCCAUUCAGUACGAAGAACGGGAAUACAAAAACCGCUGCAAAUACGUGGAGAAAACCCAAACCCAGGCGCCCGAACCGAAGCCCCUGCUUUCCUAUGAGGAUGAAAGCGAUGAGGAUGAACUGGUCUUUGUCCCUCGUGGCCGCGGGAAAGGAACUUCGCGAGGAGGGUCGCGUGGCGGAAACAGCCGGAAACCCACAACGUCCAAGACUGUGGCGCCACCCGUGGAUAGCGCGAUGGAAAUCCCUACUCAGCCCAUUGACCCCAACUCGUUCAGUCGAUCUUUGCCCGCCACUACCGCCACUACCACCAAGCAGCCGACGAUCGAUCUCAGUACUCAGUCUGGGGCUGCACGUGGCAUGGCCGGUGCAUCUCGGAACUACAGCAGCGGUCGUCGUGGAGCUCCUCGUGGACCGACUCGUGGUAGCAGCCGCGGCCGUGGGAAACUCUGGGUUCCUUGAGCGGAAAACAGAGCCCCGUUGAUUGUGAUGUCGACGGAGCAUUGAUUUGCAAAUUCCAACAGAGACCACUGUGGUUGUUAUUAGAAGCAGGAAUCAUCCUCCGUUCCCGGGCUGCCUACUGGUCGAUGUCAGUUUAGACUGUGACUUGAUGGAUGAGGCGAAUGGCUCCUAUGUGGAUGGCACGGACAUGAAGAAUGAGUACGAGUCGGAUACGGCAUACUGAUUCGAUCCAUACGACCAUACUCAUAUGAGACCGAUGAUCAGGCUCUAGGUUAUGUUCUGGGUCCGACCGGUUCUCUUGCCCAUGCACUUGCUUUCCGUUAGGAUGGAGGAACGAGCUUUUUGUUUUAUGUCCUUCCACCUGUCGGGUGCUCAUGGAUCACCUCUGUGCGAUCCGACAUGCGCAAACGAGCUAGCUAUUCAACAUAUUACUCGGCAGUUACCGCCCAUGCCUAUGACAGUUAUCUUGCUUAUUUUGUUGAACCUGUUGAUAUUGCUCUGUGGCUUUGUGGAAGUAUGAAGGAUGGUCAAGACGCAUGCUCUGUAGUGCUUCUGGUAUUGUUUAUUAAAAAAAAAAAAAAAAGAGAAAAGGACAGUGUUGAUGAGGCAUGAGUCCUAUGUUUAUUUAAUUGACCACACAGUGAUCCUAUUAUUAUUA